UUUCAAACGAACGUUUUCGAGCAUCGUCAGCAAUGUAGUAAGGAUCCCGAACGCAGCGCAGGGUAGAUAUGGCCCGCGACGAAUCGCACGAAUUCGAGCUCGAGGCAGGUGACGAGCUCCGAUUCGAGGUGCUCGCAAAAACGAACGACCGGGUGCUGGUGACAGUGCGAAUCGGCAUGGCCGAAUAUUUCGGCGCCGAUCUUGUCCCAGGGUGGUCGUACGACUUCGCGAGCGGCGCCGUGGUGGCCAUAUACACCAAGCAGGGCUGCGUGCUGGAGGUGGAGGGAAAAACGUCGUUCAUGUACGUGGGCAAAAACACGCCGAUGCCCUUGUACUGCAACUUCCACACGAGCCUGGAAUUUAAGCGACUGAAUGCCAUCACCGAGCAUAGCUACGGGCCCACCGUCAUGGUGGUGGGCCACGCCGAUUCGGGAAAAACCUCACUUUGCCGAAUACUACUAAAUUAUUCAGUGAACAAUUCUCACAAACCCAUGUUUGUGGAUUUGGAUGUCAUGAGAGGUUACAUCGGUCCUCCAGGAACCAUUGGAGCGUCACAAGUAGAGAGGAAGACGCAAAAGGACACGGACUUGUUCCACAAGGAUCCACUGAUUUACCACUACGGACACAGCUGCCAACAAACCAAUGGUACCUUGUACGGAAUGUUGAUAACAGAGCUUGCACGUACGGUAAGGCUCCAGCGUUCAGUGAGCGAUACUGUAAAAUCGUCCGGUAUUAUAAUUAACACUAGCAGUUGGACUCGCGGAGAAGGUUACGCACACCUCUUGCACACUGCAAAAGUUUUCGAAGUGAACAUCAUUAUAAUACUAGAUCUGGAAAGGUUGUAUCAUGAACUUUUAAGAGAUGUACCUAAUUCCGUUCAUCUUCUUUCACUUCCAAAAAGUGGUGGUGUUGUUCAAAGAUGCUUUUUCGAUAGAUUGGAAGAGAGCAACCGCCGACUCAAGGAGUUCUUCUACGGGACUACGGAAUGCCAGAUCAGUCCGCAAACGAUAGUGCUGAACUGGUGCGACAUCAGGCUUUACAAGAUCGGCUGCGACACAGUUCCUGAAUCCUGCAUGCCAUAUGGAAUGAAGACGAUCGAUCAUCUCACAAAAUUAAUAGCGAUAGAACCAAGUAAAAAAAUAGAAAAUCACUUGAUAUCUGUUUCUCCUGAGCACGAAGAUGAACACGACAUAAUCACGAAGAGGAGUGAAAGCAUUAUUUGCGUUUUAAGCGUUGACUGCGAGAACAAGACGAUGACCGUUUUGAAACCUUCGGAGGGGCCGCUGACGAAUAAUGUUCUUCUUCUUUCUGAUUUGGAAUUUUUGGAUCGUCGUGAUCUAGAAGAAGAAAUGCUCAUGGAAAUUUAGUGUUUUAGUUAUAUUUUAUUGUUAGUUGUUGCAUUUUUCUUACAAAGUAAUAACCAUCGCAAAGACACUUAAAUGUGAUAUACGUUAAUCAUCGCGGGACCACACUCUUACACUGAUAUGUAUACGUUAUUCAAUCGAUUGAAUUAGAAUGUAAUUAGGAUUAGAUUUAGUUGUUAUAACCAUCAUCUACCAAGGACUAUUAUAAUGCUGUAAUGAUGGUAUAACUUAGUAAUAUAGGAGACAUUUAGGCUAAUUUUGUGAUAAAUUUAUAAGUUUUAUUUAUGUAUAAUAAACCUAUUUCCAUGGAAAAUAGA